UUGCAGGAAAAUCCAGAACAUGAUCUCCUGAUGUAAUUGUCCAGUUUCUUUGGAAAUCUACAAAGGCAAUGAAAAUAUUAUCCGGUGACGCUGCAGGAGCUGGCAUCUCCAGAAGUUAGUCAGAUGUGAAUGACAGUGCACCUGUGAAGAAGCAGCAUCUUCAAAAAAUGAUAAGCGCCAAAUCAUUGAAGAAUGAUAAGCGCCAAAUCAUUGUAUGCCAUAAACGGGCUCCUAAGCCUAUCCGCUUCAAGGCAAAAGAAAAGGUAAAGCCAAAGUUGGGGAAGGCGGUGAAAGAAAGGAUGUUCCAUUGGAAUAACCAGAAGAAGCCAAAACGUGGAGACUUGAUUGAGAUAUUCCGGCCUGUCUGUCAACAUUGGGGUAUCUAUGUGGGCAAUGGAAAUGUGAUUCACUUGCUUAUAAAAAGCAAAGUUCAAGGCAUUUUUGUACGUAAAAAUGCUGUAGUAGAGAUGGAGCCUCUAAAGAAAGUGGUGGGAAACGAUAAAUACCGAAUCAACAACAAGUAUGACAUCAGAUUUCUGCCACGUCCCAGGGAAGAAAUCAUUGUCAGGGCAAUCGCAAAGGUGGGGAAGGUGACGGACUACAGUAUCUUCACUCGGAACUGCGAGCAUUUUGUUACUAAACUACGUUACGGCAAAGCUGUCAGUGCCCAG